AUGGCGAUUCCCAACACCAACGUCGUUUUCGUAGACACCAACCUCGAUACCCACUUGGCCCUCGUCGUUUCCGACCUCGACACUGUCUCUGAUCUCAAAAAGAAAAUUUUGUUGGAACACCCCUUAUGCUUUCCGAAAAUUGGGCAAAUUCAGAUUCAUGGGAUAAAGGUUAAGCGCAAGGGGUAUUUUUAUCACCUUUCAGAUUCCAUGCUUGUGAGAAGUGCUUUUAGUGGUUCUAUCAAGAGCUGGUUUCUUGUUGUUGAUGCUUCUGAGUUGCGGGAGUGUGCUCAGAAUGAACAGUUAUUUUCUCAUGGUUCUCCUAAGAAGGUGGCUUGUCUUGGCAUUGCGAAUAAUGCUUUGAUUGGUUCUGGUGAUAAUGUUGUCGAUUUUCCAUCCAAAAGGGUGUCCAGCUUUGACAAUUUCCAGUUGCUACAGUUGGAGAACAAAAGAGAUGGUGAUGAAGAAAUUCCUGUUGCUAGUCCAUGUGUUUCAGAACAUAGUGGCGAAGAAGCUAUCAAAAAUUUUGAUGCAGGAGUUCAAUUGUCUGGUGAUAAGGGCACUGGAAUUCCGCUUCCUGGUUCUAUUCCUGAGAAAGAGGAUGGUUACAUUGUAAAUCGUGAACUUCCAAGUUUACAUAUUGAGUGUGAAGUGGAUGAAUCUGGUAAAGGCAUUAACGAUGAAUGUAAUACAUGUGAGGAAGGUCCUUCAAUAUCUGUGCCAAGGCCAAGAGAAAAGAAAAAACGAAAGAGUAAAAGGAAAAAGGAAGAUACAGUGUGUGAUUAUGAUUCUAAAGAUGAUGCUGCUGCAUCUGUUGACAACCCUCUUAGUUUUCUAUCCAAAAAGGCAUCCAGUUUCCAGGCGCCACAAUUGGAGAACAAACAGGCUGAAAAAGUAGAAAUUCCUGUUGUUGGCCCGUGUGUUUUAGAGCAUACCAGAGAAGUUGUAAAAAAUUUGAACAAGGAUAUAAAUUCAUCUGGCAAUAAUGACCCUGACAUUCCAGUGACAAAGAACAAUUGCCUUGUAAAUCAUGAACUUCCAGGUUCACAUGCUGAAUGCAGGGCAGAUGAAACCAAAAAAGGAAUCAAGGAUGAUUGUAUUGUAUGUGAGGAGGGAAAUUCUAAAUCUGUGUCAAAUCCAAAGAAAAAAAAGAAGAGUAAAAGGAAGAAAGAAGACACCAUGCAAAAUAACACUUCAAAAGAAAAAGAUGCUUCUGUUGUUGGACUUGGUAAUUAUAUAGUUCAUCAGGAUAAUGUAGUUGUAACAAAUCCUUCAGAGAAUGCAGAUAAAGAAGUAAUUAAGGAAACUGAAGUUUUAAAGGAGCUUCAGCACACUGAUUGCAACAGUAACAACAGUAAAAAUGACAUUGUUGCUGCUGUGUCAAAGAAAGAGGCUUCAGAACCUGGACCUGCUGCAAGUAAGAAGCAUAGGAAAAGGAAGAGAUCUUUGAUUCGUGAUUCUAAAGAACUGUUGGAGGUAGAGACAGCAUAUCAGAAGGAUGAAGUACAGAAGUCUGAUGAAGCACAUAAGGAAAUUAAAAAAUCAAAGGAUCAUGUUGAACUCAAUAAUGACAAUUCUAGGGAUGUUGUUGAAUAUAAGCUCAAUAAGGUAACUGAGGACACUUUAGAUACCACACCUCCUGCAAAGAAAAAGAAGAAGGGAAAAGAGAAAAAUGGAGAAAAAAGUUUGUCCAAGGCAAUGUUGAUUGAUGAUUUUGAAGUAGACAAUGCUUCUCACCACUUUCUGGAGGACCAACAGAGGAUUAAAAACAGCAGUGCUGACCAAUCAGCUGGACAUUUUAAUGACACUGAUCCAUUGGGAACUAAUGUGCAGGGUCAGAAGAGGAAAGGGAAGAGAAACUCAUCAAAUCCUCAAGAAACACCUGUGGUUACUUCUUCCAGGAAAGAUAAAGAAGCAUAUCAUUCCAGCAUUCAAAGAGGUGUUCAGGAUGAAAUAUCUGAAGAUGGCUUAUUCUCUAAAGAUAUCAGUAUGAGCAAAACUACUGUUGACAAUAUGGAGAUUGGAACAGAUGCAUGCAAAGAAGGCAUUCAAUCUACAGAAGAAAGGACAGGAAAUUAUGAGGGCAAUUCUGAUAUUGAAAUAGAAUUACCCCGUUCUGAUGUGGAUGAGCUUAUGGAGCCGACUGAGGAUAAUGAGAAUGUUAUCCAUGAUCAUUGUCAUAAAAAUGAAGAUGUUCAGAUUGAGGGAGCUGAGGAAGGAGAUGUAUCACCACAAAAUGAUCCUAAGCUAAUGCUGUUAGACAAGUCUGCACCAUCCAACCAGGAUAACACAGAUGCAAAUAUCAGAGAACUAAAUGUUACUUCAAAAGUUGUGGAUGUCAAUGGAAUGACUGAACCUGUAAAACCAGAGAAGGAAAAAAGAGGGAUGGGAAAAUCUAAGAAUUCAGGUGGAGGGUCCAUACUGAGAGAAGGUGUUGGCCUUGUGGAUGUUUUUGGGAGUGAAACUGUUACUGUGAAGUCUCUUAAUGGAACAAGUUGUGAUCCUAUGUCAGGAAAUACAUAUACAAAGGAGAACACUUUAAAUCAAACAGAAGGGAAAAGAAUACAGCAGGAAGAAGUGAAAGGGACUAUUCUCUCUGCUACUGAUAAGGAAGAUGAUUUUAAUGCUGAUAAUGCUGGUUCCUUGGUACAAAUUAAGACUAAAUCUAAUGCUGAACAUGUUGACAAGAGACAAAGAAAGAAAUCAAGCAAAAAGCAGACUUCUAUCUCAAAGAGCAUAUCAAAUAUGCUAACAAAAGAUCAAGUUCGCGAUGGUGAGAAACCGUCUCCAUCUUCUGACAGUGGAACAUGUGACAAACCAUCAGUUGAGGUGACAAAAAAAAGUAUGUCGACAAGCAUGAAGUCCACUAAAAAAUCAAGUAAAACAAUUUUGGAACCUGUUAGACUUGAAUCUUCUGAUUCUCAGUUUAAUUCUUGGAGUAAUGAUGCUGCUCAACAUUCAACGCGCUUAUCAGGAGAGAAAGAUGAUAAUAACUUGGAAGCACCUUCUAAAACUUUAAAGGUUAAUCCUGACCAACAAUUUUCAUCCCAGAAACAGCAACAUGAAGCUAAUUUGUCAGAUGACGCACUUGUUGACAAGAGAAAUGGAACAGAUAGAACUGGUAUUGAGCCAAUGACCAGAAAGAACAUGGAUGGGCUUGAAACAACAAAUGGAAAAAAUCAUCUUGAGGGUUUAAGUUCCUCACAGCAAUUAUCAUCCAAGGAAGAGCAUGAUGUACACAGCAGGAUUCACCCUGAUAAGAAGGUCUGA